AUGUCUAGCAUUGCAUUCCUUCUCUCUCUAACUUUCUUCGUGCGUGUGAUUAGGCGGAUGUUAGUUUUGUCUUCUAUGCUUAUUGAUGUUAUGUAGGGCAGAGACAUCCAUCUCUACUUUUCUGAACUUUACUGUCUUCCUUCCGAACUUUUUGCAAUAUCAAAGCAAUGUCAAAGGAGCCGUUUAAUUGCUCUUUUAGUUUUUUCCUUUAAAGCACAAAAAGGUUAAUCUGUGUCUAGGCCAUUACUCUUUUUUAUGAGUAUCUUUCUCUUGUGAUGGGUGGUGGAGAAGAACGAGGGAGAAAGAGAGGGAGCUGAAAUGAUGGGAGUUGAAAAAUAGGAUGAGAGCAUGAUUUGGGUGCAAUGAUAUGUCACCCAUUUAUUCAAAAAAAUAUUUGUCUUUAUUCAAUUUCCUUUCGGUUAAAAUGGGUGAAAGAAUUUCAUUGUUAGUUCUGCUCCCCUCAUGAGAUUAAGGAGGCGUAGACAAUGCUUUCCUUCUUGUUCUUCUCUUCAGAGAGUAAAUCUCACCCUUCCUCUUUCGUUCUCUCCAUCCCUCCCCCUCCCUCUCCUCCUAUGUUUAAGUUUUAGAAAUCUCGUAGAGUGAUCAUUUUCCUUGAAUAAGCCUUUGUUACUAGUUUCACUAAGUUGACGAGGAUGAAAUCUACUGGAGACAGAAGAAGGGUGAUGAAGAGUUGGAAUGGUCGCAUAGUUCUGCUCAUAUAAUAUCUCAGCUGACUCAAUGCUUUGCAUUUGAUGGUUGUAGCUAAUGCUAUGGUUGGACCAAGAUCAUGGGUAGGAGGACUCUUUAACCGCUCCAGCAACAAACGUAAUGAGAAGUUUAUUGACUACCCAUUGUGUCCUCUUCAGGAACAAAGACUUCAGAGGCUCCAGGAACGAUUACAAGUACCAUUUGAGGAGACUCGGCCUGAUCAUCAACAGGAAGCCCUCAGAGCAUUGUGGCAUGCUGCCUUUCCAAAUAUUGCUUUCAAAGGUUUAAUUUCUGAGCAAUGGAAAGAGAUGGGGUGGCAAGGUCCUAAUCCAUCAACUGACUUUAGGGGUUGCGGUCUUAUUUCCCUUGAGAAUUUGCUGUUUUUUUCCAGGACUUAUCCGGCAUCUUUCCAUAGGUUAUUGUUCAAGCAAGGAGGGAAGCGAGCUGCUUGGGAAUACCCAUUUGCUGUUGCUGGCAUCAAUGUAUCAUUUAUGCUAAUUCAGAUGUUGGAUCUAAGCUCAGUAAAACCACGAUGUCUUCCAGGAAUUAAUUUCAUUAAAUUAUUGGGAGAUGAUGAAAAAGCCUUUGAUGAAUUAUAUUGUAUCGCAUUUGAAAUGAUGGAUGCUCAAUGGCUUGCAAUGAAUGCUUCCUACAUGGACUUCAAUGAGGUAUUACAAGUAACAAGGACUCAGUUGGAAAGAGAGCUGUCUUUAGAAGACAUUAACAGCAUACAAGAUCUUCCAGCAUACAAUUUGCUGUACCAGUGACAAUGCGUCUCAGCUCAUCAAAAGAAACAAAAGCAUUGUGUAAACAUGGACGUACAGGCUUGUUACGAAUGCAGAUAUCAGCAAGACGGAGGCCAAUCUAGUGGUUUGUCUGCGAGUUUGCAGUAAUACAUAUCAUUUUGGAGGUCCCAUAGCAGACAUUUGUACACUAAAUGGACUUCAAAUGAGCUGUAGUUGAGGCUAGAUUUAUAAUGAACUUUCCAACUCUGUAAACUAUAGCAUUUUUUUCUUUUUCUAGAAAGAAAAUGCCAGAAAAAUAGGGUGGCAAGGUGCGGAAAUUGACAUAGAUUGAGAGAGUCAAUUUAUUUUAUCAACGAACCUGGCCUUUGUGAUUGCUAAAUUUUCUAGGCUAUCAAUGCACAAGAGAUGAUCCUCUAAA